AUGUCCGGCAAGCACAUCACCAUCUUCUCCGACCAAGGCCGAUUGUACCAAGUCGAGUAUGCCUUCAAAGCGAUAACGGCAGCAAACAUAACCUCCGUAGGGGUGAGGGGCAAGAGCUGUGCGGUGGUUAUCUCACAAAAAAAGGUUCCCGACAAGCUCAUCGAUCCCUCGUCUGUCUCCUACGUCUACAGGCUCUCACCUUCCGUUGGCUGCGUCAUGACAGGCUCCAUCGCCGAUGCAAGAGCGUCCGUCAACCGAGCGCGAGGAGAAGCUGCUGAGUUCCGGUACAAGUACGGAUAUGAAAUGCCGUGCGACGUGCUGGCGAAGAGAUUGGCGAAUAUCAACCAGGUCUACACGCAGCGAGCGUACAUGCGUCCGCUCGGGGUCGCAUCUACCCUUAUAUCAGUCGAUUCGGAGUUUGGUCCUCAGCUAUACAAGUGUGAUCCUGCCGGCUACUACACGGGCUACAAAGCGACGGCAUCCGGGCCGAAGACACAGGAAGCUCUGAAUUUCUUGGAGAAGAAAUUGAAGAAUAAGGAUUGCGCAGAAGGCUCAUGGGAAGAUGUCGUCGAGCUCGGAAUAACAACAUUGAGCACCGUGCUGAGUGUCGACUUCAAGAAGGGCGAGCUGGAGGUCGGCAUAGUGGGGGGGCCGAGAACUGAUGGAAAGGAGGGCACUCAGAACGAGUUCAGAGCGCUGACCGAGGAGGAGAUCGACGACCGGUUACAGGCGAUUGCAGACAAGGACUGA